GUGCUUUGGUGUUGUGGAGUGGAGAGUACAUUUUCACAAAUCAGUUUUAUAAAUGUGUGAUUUGUGCUCAAAGUUUCUCGGUUUUAUGGUUUUCUUCCAGUAAUUUUAUUUUGUAAUUUUUAUGUGUUUAAAAAUGACUGUUGCUGAAGGAGAUGAAACAACGACCACAGCCACAAGGGUCAUUCAAGUCACUAAUGUUGCUAAAACUGCAACUUUUGAGCAGUUAAAAUCAUUUUUUGAUGUCCUUGGCGGUAUUGAAGAAAUGAAGAUUUAUCCUACACAAGACCUUACAUCAUUUGGUGCCCAAGUUGUGUUUGUAAAAUUUCAAGAUCCAUCUAGUGUAUCUAUAGCACUACAUUUAACCAACACAGUUUUUAUUGACAAGCCUCUGAUUGUUGUUCCUGUUGGUGAUGGUAAUAUUCCUGAAGAACAUCAAGCUUUACAAGUGGUAGCACCUUCACCUGAUGUAAUGGGAAAUUAUGCAGGUGGACUCAUCAAUCAGUGUAUACCUGGAAUUGUUCAAGCAGUGGUUGGAACUCCAGAACAACCUGUAGUCAAAAUGCAGCUUACAUGCCCACAACCUCCGCCACUUCCUGAUGUUGAACCACUGAAACUUGACGAAAUAAGAAGAACUGCUCAUAUCAAGCAUUUACCCUGUGAUAUAAAUGCAGAACAGUUGAUGUCAUUUUUUGCAGCUUGUGGUGAUGUUCGGUAUGCUCGUAUUAUUGGAGAUGAUAUAGAAACACCAAGAUACGCAUUUCUUGAGUUCAAUGAAGCAAGUUGUGUUGCUAAAGCUCUUCAAUACAAUGGUGCAAUGUUUGGUGGUGAACCUUUAAAAGUUGAUUUUGCGAAAACUAACAUAUUUAAACCUGAAAAGGAAAUUGCGCGAAUAAAAAGUGGUAUGGAUAAAACCAUGAAGAAAGUUACUGAAGCUUCAAAACUUGUCAGUGAAGAGCUUGAUGAUGAUCCAAAAUCGCGAAGCCGAAGAAGUUCAAAAAGUCGAUCUCGAUCUCGUAGAAGAUCGCGUUCAAGAUCUCCGUCAAGAAGAAGGAGAAGUCGUUCCAGAUCAAGUGAUCGUUACAGACGUCGUAGGUCUCCAUCACGUGACAGAUAUAGACGACGCAGGAGUCUCAGCAGAUCACGUAGUCCGCGAAGAUCACAACGAUCAUCAUCCAGAUCUCGUAGAAGACGAAGAUCUCCCAGUCGAUCACGUAAAUCCAGAUCUCCAAGCAGAGAUCGAAAACGUCGUCGCUCGUCGUCACGUGGUCGUUCAAAAGAGAGAUCACGACGCAAAUCACGUGAUCGCUCGGGUGAUCGUGAUCGGUCACAUGAUCGUAGCAAAGAUAAUUCAAAGCCUAGCACUUCGAAAAAGAAAAACGAUAAAAUGGAUGAUGAAGUAAAAUCUCCUGAAAAGAACGAAAGUGAAGUGGUUAGUGUGAAGAAAGAAACUGGGGAGAGUAAAGAAAAAGUAGACAAAGAAAAUGAAGUGAAGAAGGAAAGAAAGAAAUGGAAAAAGAAGGAAGAAAUGAACGGAGGAAUCUGGAAGAAAGAGAAGCGUGGACGAGACAAAGAUCGUGAUCGUGAGAAAGAACGUGACAAAGAUCGUGAGAAAAAUCGUGGAAAAGAUCGCGAAUCACGUUCACGCAGCAAAGGUCGAGACAAAAAAAGAACUAAAGAUAAAUCACCUAGUAGAUCGUUAUCCAGAUCACCUAAGAGAUCAUCUAGACACAAGAAGAAAAAAGAUAAACGUGAAAAACGAGAUGAAAACGAGGGUAAAAAGCGAAUUCGUGAUAGUGAUAGCGACAAUGAAGAACGUCGAAAGGCGAACCGAAGUGAUGAUUCGGAUGAUGAUCGAAAAAAAUCCCGACGAAAACGCAGCGAGGAUGAAUCGGAUGCUGACAAUGGCAAGAAACGAAAACGUCAUUAUAAGAAAAAGCCAAUAUCUGCUGACCACUACGACAGUGCGAGUGAUUAGAUUGUGAUUUUUGUUCGAGCUGAUUACUGAAUUUCUUGUAGCUUAAUUAGACGAAUCGUUUAUGGGCGUCAUGCCUGUUGACGUCACAUAACUUUUGCAUUAUUGGCUAAUACAAAGUUGACGUCACAUUACUCUUGAAUUAUUGGCUAAUACGAAGUUGACGUCACAUUACUCUUGAAUUAUUGGCUAAUACAAAGUUGACGUCACAUUGCUCUUACAUUAUUGGCUAAUACCAAAAGAUGAAAUUUUUCUUCAUUUCGCAAUUGUUACUUGGACUUUAACAUUACCUUGUACAUUAUUGUCCUUUUUAGUUCGUACACUGCUCACUCCACUUGUAUUUGAAAAAAUUAUAUAAGGUGUGGUCCUAGUGUUGUUUUUCGGCCAUUUUCCUUGUUUGUUGCCAUGGUUAA